GCCCAUCACUUUUCCCUCAAGAUAUCUGUUAUAUAUAGAAACGGUAAACAUGUUUUACUACCCAAAUGUCCUCCAACGCCAUUCUGGAUGUUUUUCCACAAUUUGGUUAGCAGCCACCAGAGGUAUCAGGGUCACUCGCAGAGAGCUUCUCAAAGUCAAUGUCAAGCGAACAUGCGGGGACAUUGUGGACUAUGUGACAGCUCAGGUUCCUCCACCGCAGUCCGACCUACCGAAGCCUCGGUUCUCUCUCUACCUGUCGUCCCAGCUGCAGUAUGGAGUGGUUGUAGUCUACCACAGGCAGUGUGGCUUCCUGCUUGAGGAGGUUCAACAGACCAUUGACCGCCUGCUGCGCUCUAAAAGAUGCAUACGUAUUGACAUGGCUGAGUGUGACAGGCUGGCCUUGGAUGUGCCUGACAACCUGUACAAUAUGGAGGAGGCCGAGGGAGCUCAGGACCCGUUCUUCGGUCUCAUGGAAUCACACCAACUGCCCAGCCCCUAUAAAAUACACCAGCCAGUGUUGGUGAUUGAAGAGGCAGGUUCACAGCACUCCCUGGUGCCCAGUCCCCACACCACACUCGACAAAGAGGGUUUCAGGUCACCUCCAGCUGCCAUCACCCUGAGAGAGAAGGAGCUCAUCACCACUGCUGAGUAUCAUUUUGAGGGAGAUGACCUUCCUGAAGCCACAGCCAGAGAGAUUGACUUGUUGAUGGAUCAACCAGACCAGUUCCGUGGAGAAGUGGAGGAGCAGCUCACAGAGGGGAGGACCAGGAAACUUGAAGGAGCCAUGUCCUCUAUUGACCGGCUGAAGGAGACGGUGCUAGGAGCAGAGCGGGACAGUGUGUGGCUGCUAGACGAAGAGUCAGGUCUGCCCGUGGAGGUGCCUCUGGCAGCUGUUGCCCUAGAGAUGACCCCACUGCAGGUUUCCAUGCCAACUACACCCUCAGGGGCAUCUGGGAAAAAGGGGGACCGAGCAACAGAAAGUCCCUAUGAAGAGGGGAUUGUCCUUCCUCUUAGGAAGACCCGUGGAGGUCGCAGGCGUCAACUGGUCUUUGCAGACCCUGAGGUCCAGAUAUCUGACAAAGCAAUGGGGGAACAGAUCCGAAACCCGCUGGCUGAGACACUGGACCUGUCCCAGGUGUUGCUGGACUUGCCCUCCUUGACUAAGCGUGCCACUCCUGCUCAGCUCUUCAGCGCCCCCUGUGGAUGCCUCCUCCAUGCUGACCUCCAGUCACUAUGGAAACAGCGGGCCUCGCUCACUGUCCUGUCUGGACAUGGGGAGAAACCGAAAGGGGAGGAGGAGGAAGAAGAGGAGGAGGAGGCGGCGAGAGGGGAGUCAGAGCAGGACAGAGAGAUACUGAGGGCAGAGAGGAAGAGGAGGCACUCAAGCAUGAGAGAGAUAUCCAGUGAGUCAGGACUGCAACCCGCAGAGGGCUCAUCUGCAUUGGACAUUAUCCUGGACAUGUCCAAAGAGGACAAAUCUGUGAGCGAUGUGAUCACUCCUGUAAGCAGAUGGUCUCCACAAGAGGAGGCCCAGCUAUCAAUGGAGCCAAUAGCAGAGGAGACCAUUGAGAUGCCCGAGGCUCAGACUGACGCAGUAAGCAAGGACAUGCUGAGCUGGAUCUCCUCCAGCCUGCAGAGGUUCGGAGAAGCCAGCUUCGGCUCUCUGGUGCCCCCAGAGGCCGACCGCACCGCUGUAGCUCACACACUCUACAAACUGCUGGAGCUGCUGUCUGCUGGACGUGUGAGUGUGCGACAGACUGAACCCUACAGUGUCAUCAGCAUAACCCCUGCAGCGCUCAGGAUGACAGCCUGA